AUGCUGCCCGGUUUUAUGACUGGAGUAUACCGGCCGAGUUUGGUGGUUGGAGUCGCCGCGGGGCUUGAAUCACAGAGCUACGAGAUGCGGUUGGUCACUGUCAGAAAAUCCGGGGCUUGCAAGACGGCUGGGCGUGACCGGGUUUGUUGGGCGGUCGGGAUUGCUGAGGUUCUUGCAGCCGAAAAUGUUGGAGAAGUUGAAAUAAUGUCGGCCGGGUUUUUGCGCCAAGGGAAGCACGGCUGGGCUCUUGGGCUAAGGGGUGGCGGCCAAAUGUUGUUGGUUUGGAAUGUUAAAAUUGUUGCGGUCGAAGUCAGGUUGUAG